GUGGCGGCAGCAGCGGGGCGGGGGGCAGCGUAAGAUGGCGGCGCUGCGGGAGGGGGGCAGGUACGGCGUGUCCUGCGGCAGGGUCACCCAGGACAACAUCACGGUGCUGCACGUCAAGCUGACCGAGACCGCCUUCCGGGCUCUGGAGAGCUACCAGGGCAACAAGAAUUGUAUUCCUUCUCGACCCUCAAUCCAAUUUCAAGGACUCCAAGGGCUUGUCAAAAUUCCCAAAGCUGAUCUCCCAAAUGAAGUGCAUAACUUUAACUUCUACUUGUCAAAUGUUGGCAAAGAUAAUCCUCAGGGAAGCUUUGAUUGUGUCCAGCAAACUGUCUCAAGUUCUGGAGUCUCGCAGCUCAAUUGUCUGGGAUUUAUACAGGAUAAAAUUACAGUAUGUGCAACAAACGACUCUUAUCAGAUGACAAGAGAACGCAUGACCCAGGCAGAAGAAGAAUCUCGCAACCGCAGUACAAAGGUCAUAAAACCUGGUGGGCCAUUUGUAGGUAAAAGAGUACAGAUUCGGAAAGCACCACAAAGUAUUCCAGAUGCAGUGCCUGAGAGGAAAAGGUCAACACCCAUCAAUCCUGCAAAUACAAUACGAAAGACCCACGUAAACAACAGUGUUUCUCAGCGACCAUAUAGAGACAGGGUGAUUCACUUACUGGCACUGAAGACCUACAAGAAACCAGAGCUACUUGCUCGCUUGCAGAGAGAUGGCGUUAAUCAAAAAGACAAGAACUCCCUUGCAGCUAUCCUUCAGCAGGUAGCCAACUUGAAUCCCAAGGACAACUCUUACACUCUGAAGGAUUAUGUAUUUAAAGAGAUCCAAAAAGAUUGGCCUGGAUACAAUGAGAUAGACAAACAGUCACUGGAGUUAGUACUUUCUAGAAAACUAAAUUCAUCUCAGAAUGCCACCAGCACCAGUCAUUUGGAAUCUCCUCUAAGUUCUUCUAAAGAUGCUGCAUCUGCUUCUCCUUCCCAGAAACGGCUGUUGGAUUCAGAUUUUAUUGAUCCUUUAAUGAAUAAAAAACCAAGAAUAUCUCACCUUACCAAUAGAGUUCACCCAACAUUAAAUGGUCACUUGACUGCUUCCAACGAGAGAGCUCCUGCUGCACCACCACCUCCCCCUGCAGUCGCUGCCACCCCAGCUCCUCCAAUGCUUCCUUCAACUCGCCUUCCUGUUUCAAAUCCUCCUCAGCCUGUAAACUCUAACUCCAAUUCCCCUAGCACUCCUGAAGGCCGGGGGACUCAAGACAUGCCUGUUGAUAGUUUUAGUCAGAAUGGCAGCAGCAUCUUUGAGGACCAGCAAGAAAAAUAUACCUCUAGGACUCCUUUGGAAAUGCCAGCACCCACUACAGUUGAGUUAGCAUGUCCAAAGUCAACAGAUGAGAUACAUUCAGUGUUGCACAAAAAAUCGAAAAAGAAGUCAAAAAAACAUAAGGAGAAGGACCAAAUCAAAAAACAUAACAUGGAGAGUAUUGAAGAAAAGGAGAAAGACCUUAAGAAAGAAGAAAUUGUCAAGCUGAAAAAUUCCAUUUUGGAUUCAAGUGAAGGUGUUAAAGAGACUUGCACUGACUCUGCAGAUCCUUCAUCAACAAGUGAACUACCAGACUACUUUGUAAAAUAUAUAGCUAUUGUCUCAUAUGAGCAACGCCAGAGUUACAAGGAUGACUUCAAUGCAGAGUAUGAUGAAUACAGAAGCUUACAUGCCAGGAUGGAAAAUGUCACUAGAAGAUUUAUGAAACUUGAUGCUCAACGUAAGCUCCUUUCUCCAGGAUCUAAGGAGUAUCAGGUAGUUCAUGAGGAAGUCCUACAGGAAUAUCGGAAGAUCAAACAGUCUAGUCCCAACUAUCAAGAGGAAAAGUACAGAUGUGAAUAUCUUCAUAACAAACUGGCUCAUAUUAAAAGACUAAUAGGUGAAUUUGACCAACGACAAGCAGAGUCAUGGCACUAGAGCUCUGCUUGGACCAGAUGAUGUGAAUAAACUUAAGCUUAUUUAUUUAAAAUUCCAAAUGAGUUGCUCUAAGAUUCUAAAAAAAUUAAACUUUUGCAUUACAAAAGUUUCAGUAUUAGCAGACUUGAGUUACUACUUUUGUUGUUGAGGUUGCUUCUCUGCAUAUUUGAAGCUGCUUUUUUUUCUGGUCCCUUCUUUUCCUUAAGACUUAUGUUUGUCCAUGGAAAUCAUUUUACCAGUAGAUACUGGGGAUUCAAUGUCUCUACUUUAAAGUUCAGCACACUUAAAAAAAAAAUGUAGCAAGUUGAAAUGCUUUUGGAUAAAUAUAAGCCUGUUUUCUGACCUUUCUUGUUAAUGCAAACUCUUUGCCUUAAACGGUAGAAGGUUUAAAAUUUGCACAAAAUUUUUAAAGGAAGUGAAAACAUUGUUUUGGAGGGUUAAAAGAGGUGUUUGUAUAUAUGAAAGCUAUAUACAGCCUCUUUAUUGACAACAUUAACUUACCCCUGCAACUUAAACCCCCAUUGCAAUGGUUGCCUUAAGGUGUUUGCUUGUGUGUGCUUAGUGUAGUUAAAUUAUUAGCUACACUGCUUCCCAUUUUAUUAAAACAACGGGAAGUAUUCUGUGGCCUACCAGCGUCUGAAAGCGUGUGCUUGUACUGUAUGUGUGCAAAGUUGUGUGGGUGUGAGCAUGAUGGGGGGAGAAAAAAAGCUGCUACUCGAAGUAGGCCAAACGCUCAGGUUAAAACAACUGACGAGUGUUGCUGUAGGGUUUUUCCUAUAAAAUUGCUACUUCUAUUGUGGAAGAUGAAAGCAUUUCCAUUUCAACAGUUUGUCAGCUUUCUUAAUGUUGGGGAAAAUUGAUACUUUACAAAACUUAAACAGAUCUAUAGUUUUUGGGCAAAAUUAUAAAAUUAAACAUGUAGGUGACCUAUUUAUAUACUGCUAUAAAGUAUUUUUUUGAAGAGAGAUAUGCCAAGAAGCUAUUGCCUACAUGAAAUGUAUAUUUAAAGAGUUUUCUCCUGGGUGCCAGGAAUAUAACACAGAACAGAUAUAUUUAACUACAAAAUACUGUGAUCAUCAAACAGCACAAACUUUCAUUUCAUGCAGUUUAUUGGUUUAAUUUGAUUUAAACCAUCACUUUAUCAUGUGGGAACAUAAAUUAUUUGGUCAAAAAAUUAAGCAUUUUGAAUUAAUUUUUGUUUACUUGUCUUACUGUAUUUGUCUUUUCAAAGUGCUGCCAAUUGAAAAGGGAAGCAUUAUGUUUACAAAUCUGGUUUUUGAAUGUUUGCCAAAAUUUUGGUAGUAUCUUUAAUAAACUUUAUCUCCAGCAUCAAAACAAUUGUUGUGUAUCACUGUAAACCAGAAAAUGUUUUAUAGAAUUGCCAGAAAGUAUACACUAAAAUAACUGGAACACUGGAGUUCACCUCUAGUGUCAGUUCUUCUGAUACAUUAACUAGAAAGAUUGAUUAGCUUGGAAGACAAGUCCCUCUUAAUCAGACCUUUG